AUGGAUGGUAGUUACAAUACGAAUUCAGUACACCAAAUGGUUGCUAUUUACGCUUCUAUACCCUACAUUCGAGAGGCCAUCGAUGUACUUGACAUUUCUACUUCUUGUCCACUCUUUACUAUUGCCGAUUUUGGUGCAUCACACGGGCUCAACUCGAUGCGCGCAAUGAAAAUGAUCAUCGAAUAUCUUCGAGAGGCCAAAAUGGUCGAUGAUGAACAACAACAAAUUUUGGUUGUUCACAACGAUUUGCCUAUACUAAUGAUUGGGCAUCUCUCUUCGAAAUUCUUUCCACGAACACCUCAUACUACGGGGUAG